AUGGGUAUGAGGAAUUACAAACUUUCGCACGGUACGAUGAUGUUGGAAGGCUUGAUCGGGUAUUUCCGAGCGUACCGUUCGAACUCGAACUCGAAGAUGGUGGAUUUGAAGCAGCUGAGACCGAUGAUUCAGAAGAGAAUUGAGAAUAGAGCCAAAGAUUACCCAGUGAUAGCCAUAGUACCAGUUGCCCAAGAUGUCCUAAAGGCCAGAACCCUCCUCUACCAAGGCGUCUCCACCCUUCUCCAACUCUUCCCUCUCUGGGCCUGCAAUCCAUUAUCACUUCCAGUUUCUCAUGGUUAUUCACAACUCACAUCUUUUCAACCAUUUUCUAAUCUUAACUCUAUAGAAAGUGUACCUGUUUUAGAUCCAACUCCAUCAAGUCCUCUUGGCAUUCUUAGGAAUCAUUCACCUCCAAUUACCAACACACAGUCCACAUCAGAGAAUACCUCUACACCCUCAUUUCACACUGGCAGCCCCAAUUACUCCUCUGCAGACACUUCUGUUGAGAACCAAAUUGUUUUUCUUCCCCACAGAUCCAGCAAAGUCAAGAAACAACCAUCAUACCUUGAAGACUACUACUAUCAGCAAGCUCUUGUGCCUCAUCCUUCUCAAGAGAAUUCCACAAGCUCCAAGAAAUCAGGUCAUCCUUAUCGCCUAGCCUCUUUCUUAUCCUGUGACAAAUUGUCACAUGACUAUGCAGCAUUUGCUACAUCAAUUCCGGAUAACAGUGAACCACAGACAUACCAUCAAGCUUGCAUACUUGGGUUGUGCCCCCAUCCUGCUGUUAGAUUCCAAGUAAAUUUCACACAGUUCUCUCAUUGUUCGGUGAGGAGAAGAGUAGGAAGCCAUCAAUAUGGGAAGAGACCUAACUUAGCCUUGUUCCUUUGCAGGUACUGUUCAGAAGUGCAUAUCAGUGACAAAGGUCAUUUAAUUCGGACUUGUGGUGGUUACAAGCACCGUGCCAAGAACCAGGUUCAUGAAUGGAUUGAGGGUGGCUUGAAUGAUAUACUUGUCCCUGUGGAGACUUUUCACCUACAAAAGAUGUUCCAAAAUGUAAUUAAACACAAUCAAAGAUUUGACUUUGACCGUAUUCCUGCAGUCGUCGAGCUAUGCUUGCAGGCAGGAAUUGAUCCAAGUGAUGAAAGUCUACACUCUAGCAGUUUAAAUCCGUACAGUGCUGGGGGUGUUAUUGGUGGAGCUGAAUCUUUAUCUCCUGAUGAUCUGAGGUUGAUUGCCAGAGGAACGUUGACUGCAUGGGAGACGCUUAGAUCCGGGGUGCAGAAGUUGCUGUUGGUUUAUCCUGCAAAGGUUUGUAAAUUCUGUUCAGAAGUUCAUGUGGGGCCAUCUGGGCAUAAAGCCAGGCUUUGUGGGGUGUUUAAAUAUGAGAGCUGGCGUGGAGCUCACUUCUGGAAGAAAGCAGAGGUGGAUGAUUUAGUUCCUUCGAAAGUCGUGUGGUUCCGGCGGCCUCAGGACUCCUCCGUUCUUGUGGAUGAAGGGCGAAAUUUUUAUGGACAUGCCCCAGCUGUGGUGGAUCUGUGCACAAAGGCUGGUGCACUUGCACCAGCUAAGUACCGUUGUGUCAUGAAGAUCGAGGGCUUAUCAGCACCUACUGGAGCCAAAUGCUGAGGGUGUCUUCCAGCUGCAUCAAUGUUGGGGUGGCUUACAGAACUAUUCAAGGGGCUUGAUCAGGUUGCUCUAAAACAUCGUGGGC